GCGAAACCUUGGUUUAGUUGUAUCAUGGUUGAGUUGCGGCUGUUCAGCUGUUGUAUGGUUGACAUUGUAAAACAUAAUCGUCAAGUAGGAUUUUUUCCUCUGUGAUUCCGUCUUUAUAAAGAUAUUUAUUAAAAAUGGCUUCUCGAAUUUUGAAGACAUUUCUAACUGUAUCGCGAGCAGUUACCAGUGUUGCCCCAAAACGCUAUGUUUCUACUUUUCCUGCUUUGAGAAGUUCAUCUCAUGAAACAAAGUCUGAGGACAUACGACCGACAAUUCGAAAGAAAACAGAUAUUGAACAAUUAAAAGAUUUUGGACAAUAUGUGGCCGAUUGUUUGCCAAAAUACGUUCAGAAAGUGCAAAUAGUAGCAGGAGAUGAGCUGGAAAUUUUAAUUGCACCGGAAGGUGUUUUGGGGACUAUUUCAUUUUUGAAGAAUCAUCACAACGCCCAAUUUACUAAUAUUGUGGAUAUUACAGCAAUAGAUGUUCCCAACAAGUCCUACAGAUUUGAACUGAUUUACAUUCUCCUUUCGAUACCAUAUAACUCACGUAUUCGAGUGAAAACUUACACGGAUGAAUUGACCCCAAUUGACUCGAUUACUGGAAUUUUCGAAGGAGCUAAUUGGUACGAAAGAGAAGUUUGGGACAUGUACGGAAUCUUCUUCUCAAAUCAUCCUGAUCUUAGGAGAAUUCUUACUGACUAUGGAUUCGAAGGUCACCCAUUAAGAAAAGAUUUUCCAUUAAGUGGUUACGUUGAGAUUCGAUACGACGAUGAAAAAAAGAGAGUAGUCGCCGAGCCACUCGAGUUAGCACAAGAAUUUCGCAAAUUUGAGCUUUCCGCUCCUUGGGAACAAUUUCCGAAUUUCAGGAGAAGUCUUCCCGAACCAGCUUCUGUAAAGAAAUAAAGUCGAAUUAGAAAAAAAAUUUAAUUUAUUAUAAUUUUAUUUAAAAAUACGAGUUUCUAUAAACUCCGCAGAUUGUAAGCAAUCUUUAUGCACUGAAAUAUUGUUUCAUAAACUUAAUAAAAUUGUUACUGUAAUA